UCUCCACGCCUCUCAUCACGGCAGUCCUGUCGAACGAUACCAGUUCUAUCUACCUGGAGUGGAACUGCUCGCUCCCACUGCGGGCGCCCGAGUUGAGCCCGGAGUUCGAAGUGAGAGUAAAGAGAAAUCGCUCCUACCGGCUUAUCCGUACGCUCGAGAAGGCGAUCACGAUAGGGAAUCUCAGCUCAGGCACGGAGUACGAAGUUCAAGUGGCGCUUUCUAUGGAGAGGACGCCGGGAAAGCGAGAAUACGGCAGCCCCGCAGUAGCCAGCAUAAGCACUUGGCCUCUUGUUCCUCUAGCCCCCACAUUGUCCACAAAGGGAUUCGAGACUGCACCGAAGAUAGCGGUUGUGUCAUGGACGUUUCUCAACAGCACGGUUACGCAUAUAGAGGUAGCGACAAACUACAGCGGCUGGGUGAACUGCGAAAACUCGACGCAGUGCGAAGUGGUCGUGUUGCACGGCUGGAACUCCUCCUUCAAAGCAGGUUUUUUGAGGAUCUCGGAGCUCAGGCCGGACACAGUCUUCUCAUUAUCAGUGAGAGGCUGCAACGACCUAGGAUGUGGUAACAAUGGCACAGUGGUCAUCUCAACCGACAUGUCAGAGCCGAGUGAGCCUAUCAGCCUGACAGUGGAUGCGAUCACGAAUGGUUCGGCUCGCCUCAACUGGAAAGCGCCGGAAGAAUCAGGGGGUCCGCUGUCCGGCUACGUGGUCUCCUGGCAGUGUGAUCAGGAUCAUCUCAUGGCUGCGACAACCCAUGAACCUUUCCUGGUCAUCCCUGGUUUUCCUGCUGCGGCCCAGGAGUGCACGUUCUCGGUGUCUGCAUUCAACGCGGCUUCGGCCGAGCGGCAGCUUCGCGGAAAAUCCGCCACACUGACGACACCUUGGCCGCCUCAGAAGUGAUCUGACCACGACGGCUGCUACGGUGUCUUAGGUGCGCUACGUUUUCAGCAUCUGUUGUAAUGUAAAGCGGGUCAUUGAUGUACAAAACAAAAAUUAAAGAG